AUGCGAAGUAAAAGACCGAAGGAAAAUGACGAGGUAGAAGGUAAAAUUUAUAAAGCUGUUCGUGGUAUGUCUGAUUUUACUGAUGAUAAACGUGAUGAUGUUAGUAUUAAUAAUAUGUCCUCUGAUCAGCUUAGUACUUCUAGAUUAAAUUUAGGUAAGGCAUUACUAAGGAAGAAAAAUUUACAAAAGAAAGUUGAGUUAGAAAGUCAGCUUAAGAUGUUAGAUCUCCAAGAAGAGGUUGAUGUGGCCGAACUAGAAUGUAAGGUCAUAGAGGACGAUAAACCGCUGCCCGUGACAAAUGUGAGAUAA